GGUAGAGUAUCAGUUGUAAAACAGAGAAUUCAACAUGAAGAUCGUUGCUUUGAUCGUCUCUGCACUUGUGGCCUUUGCCGGUGCUUCCUGCCCGAACUCUGGAUACUCGGCUCCUGGCUAUCCGGCUCCUCCCUGCCCCACCAACUAUCUGUUCAGCUGCCAACCCAACUUGGCUCCAGCACCUUGUGCCCAGCAGUCUGCCAGCUACGGAUCCUCCGGUGCCUACACGGAGCAGGUUCCCCUCUACGUGAACAACCCUAACCGGGAGCAGGUGCAGCAGUUCCAGCAGAGGAUCGGAAUGGCCGCCCUCAUGGAGGAGCUGCGCGGCUUGAACCAGGGAAUCCAGGGUCAACAGUACUAGUGGCUGGUUAACUUGAGGACAUUCGCUGGUCAGGACACAGUGUAAACUGUGAAUUGAAUUUAAACACCAUUGUAAAUAAACCGAUUUGAAAGCAUA